GCCGCCCCCAUGGACAGGAACUACCCGGCCGCCGGGUUCGGGGACCCGCUCAGCGCCGGGCCCGGCUGGAGCUACGAGCGCUCGGCCAAGGCCAGCCUGGUGUACGGGGGCUCGCGGGGGUCCCACCCCGACCCCGACCUGCUGCACCGGCAGCCGUACGGAGCGCCCCACCCGCUGCAGGGCUAUGCGGCCAACCACCACCCGCCAGGUCUCUCGGGGCUCUUCGAGACGGGGCUGCACCACGCGGGGGGCGCCGCCCCCGACGCCUCCGUCAUGAACCUGAUCUCAGCGCUGGAGUCGCGGGGACCCCAGCCCGGACCCUCGGCCUCGUCCCUGCUCUCCCAGUUCCGCACGCCCUCCUGGCAGACCGCCAUGCACACUCCAGCUCCAGCCGAACUCUUCAUCUCGGGCGCCCUGCCCGGCUCGGGCACCUUCCCGUCCUCGUCGGCGCUGGGUCCCUACCAGCACCCGGCGUCGUUCGGCGGCCGCAGCUUCCCGGUGGGGUCCCCGCUGAGCCUGCCCGAGGCCGCCUUCAGCCCCGGCUCCAACGGGCUGCUGUCCCCGCACGAUCCCCUGCUGCACAUCAAGCCCGCGCAGCCCGCCGUGCCCUCCUCGCUGGGCUUCGACCGCCUGGGCUCGGCCGUGCUGGGCUCGGCGCUGCCGGCGCAGACGCCGCCGUACCGGCCGGCUCCCAGCUCGUCGCAGUUCAACCUGCUGGCGGCGGCCGAGCAGCCGCCUCAGCUCUACAACGCUCCGGUGUUCGGCGGCGCCAACGCGGCGGGCGGCGGCGAGCGCGCCAUAUCGCGGCAGGACAGCGUCAUCAAGCACUACCAGCGGCCGGGCGCGGCCCAGCCGCAGCUGCCGCCGGCGCCGGGGCUGCAGCACUACCUGAGCUGCGGCGGCUCGUACCAGCAGGUGCCGGCGCACCGCGCGCCGCUGUCCUGCAGCCCGCUGGGCGAGCAGUCCCCGGCCAGCUCCGAGGGCUCGCAGCAGCCGCCCAAAGCCGCCCCGGCGGCGCCGCGCCCCGAGCCGGGCUACCGGCCCAUCAUCCAGUCCCCGGGCUACUCCGGCGGCGCCAGCGCCGCGGGCAACGGCGGCGCGGCCGGCGGGAACGGCGGCAAGUCCAAGAGUUACUCGGCGUCGCGGCAGCCGCCGCGCUCCACCAACACGCCCAAGUGCCAGAGCAGCUACACGCCCAGCACGCCCAAGCCCAGCUCGGUGAUCGCCAGCCAGUCGCCGGCCUACUCGCCGGGCCAGCCGCCGCAGAGCCUGCUGGCCAUGGGGGCAGCGCCCGGCUACAACGCCCCCGGCGCGCCCCAGAGCCUGGCAGGGACGGCGCAGCCCUCGGGCGGGUUUGGCGCGGGCCAGGCCGGGGACAUGGCGGGCAAAGGAGGCGGAUACCAGGGCACGGGGCAGGGCGGGCAGCAAGGCGGGCUGCAGCCCUGCGUCAGCGCCGCGGGCACCUACUCGCCCGAGCAGCUGCAGGCGCUGCCCUACGGCGUGCAGCCCGAGGGGGCGCAGCCGGGGGGCUACGGGCCGCCCGCCCCCUCGCAGGGCCUGCCCACGGCCAGCCCCUCGCUGAGCUACAGCGCCACCGGGCACUCGCCCGCCAUGCCCGGCCCGCCGCCGCUGCCCUACGCCGGCCUGGGCGGCUCCAGCCCCUCGCCCAUCAUCCGCCCGCUGCAGUCGCCGCCGGCGGCGCGGCCGCAGAGCGGGGCCUCGCCGGGGCAGUCGCAGAAGUACCUGGGCUCCGUGCUCUCGCCGUCCUUCAUGGCCCCGCAGGGCUACGGCGCCGCCCCGGGCGGGGGACUCGAGAGGCAGCAGCCCCCGGCCCCGCCGGGGGCGCCCCCCAGUUUCGGCAAAGGGGCCAAGGGCGAGGCGGAGCUGCUGGCGGCGGAGCGCAGCGAGGACGAGGAUUUCCUGAUCCAGCACCUGCUGCAGGCGCCCAGCCCGCCGCGAGAGGGGCUGGGGGGCUGCGAGGAGCGCCCCAAAGCCUUGGGGGGCUACGGCGGCGCGCUGGGCAAGGAGGAGCGGUACCAGCUGCAGAGCGUCAUCCGGCCCAACUCCAACCUGGAGGCGCCGCUGGAGCUGGCGCUGCUCAAGGAGAAGAAGAAGCCCGAGAGGGGCAAAGAAUUCCGGGGGGCCAGCGGAGGAGCAGGCGGCGGCGAGGUGGCGGCCACCUCGGUGGUGCACUACGGCCACCAAGCGCCGCCCGCCAUGGACUCGUACGAGAUGAAGAAACCGCCCGAGCACCUGGCCGGGGGCAAGGAGCUGGGCCAGCCGCCCCCGCCGCACUCGUACCUGCCCAAAACCCCCGAGCACGGGCGGCUGGUGGGCGAGGGACCCCCGCUGGAGCCCCACAACCUCCUGCUGGACCCCUCGCCGGAAUUGGGGGGGUCGCUGCUGCCCUCGGUGCUGACGCACACGCAGAGCCAGCUGCACCCGCGGCCCAAGGGCCGAGCGCCGCUGGACGUUCACCUGCUGGAGCAGCAGCGCAUGCCGCCCCCUCCGCCGCCCCCUCCGCCGCCCCCCGCGCCCCCCUCGGAGAUCCAGGACUUCUUGGAGCCCCCCCUGGGUUUGGAGCCGCACCUGGGGCAGAGCGCGGGGGUCCAGGGACCCCCCGGGCACCUGCUGGACCCCGAGGGGGGGGUCCCGGCCGUGCCCCCCGAGGCCAAGGAUCAGUUUUCGGAAGGGGGCAGCCCCGCCGGGGGCAAGGGGCGCUUCGUGCCCCUCACGUCCAUCUGCUUCCCGGACGCGCUGCUGCAGGACGAGGACCGCGGCUUCUUCCCCGGCAUGGAGGACAUGUUCGGGCCCCCCGCCCGAGGAUUUCCCCAAGCCCAGCGAGGAGGAGGAGGAGGAAGGCAGCGCCAACGCGGCCGGGCGCCCCCGCCGUACGACAUGGGGCAGAGCUACCCCUCGUUCUGCCCGCAGGACGGAGGCACCGCCGGGGAGCCCCCCCAGCUGGGGCUGGAGCCCCCCAAACACGAGCUGCCCUCCACGGUGAACGCGGAGCCGCUGGGUCUGAUCCAGAGCACGGGCGACGGCGGUCCCAAGCCCCCUCCUCCGCCUCUGAGCACGCCUCUAUUCUGCUCCUCCAAACCCAAGAAGCUGCUCAAAACCUCCUCCUUCCACCUGCUCCGCAAGCGGGACCCCUUCCCGCCGCCCAAGAAGACCUACGCGCAGGAGUACGAGUUCGAGGACGACGAGGAUAAAGCCGACGUGCCCGCCGACAUCCGCCUCAACUCGCGGCGCCUCCCGGACCUGCUGCCCGACCUCAUCUCCAGCUGCCGCCGCGCUCCGCUCACGCCCAUGGGCGACAUCGACUUCUGCCCGCACCCCGGCGCGCACGCCGCGGCGCCCAAGAAGCGCGGCCGCAAACCCACCAAGCCCAAGCGGGAAGGGCCGCCCCGGCCGCGGGGCAGGCCCCGGAUCCGGCCCCUGGAGCCGCCCGGCUUCCCCGAGGGAGCCAAGAGGCCGCGGGGAAGGGGCCGGGGCCGGGGCAAGAAGGGAGGAGAGGACGGAGAGGGGAUGGAGCCGCUGCGGCCGCUCAAGAUCAAGCUGGCCGUCUCCAAACCCGAGCCCGCCCCUCCCCCCGCCCCCCCCGGCUCCGCCGCCCCUCCCCCGCCGUUCCCGGGGGUCCCCGAGCCCCCCCCCGCCCAGGAGCCCCCCCAGAGCCGGCUGAAGCAGCGGCUGCGCGAGGCGGAGGAGAAGCAGCCCGAGGUGCGCUCGGGCUUCAUGGCCUCCUUCCUGGACUUCCUCAAGAGCGACGAGGAGGACUCGGUCAGCAAGAACCAGGACCUGCAGAAGAGCAUCAGCUCCGCCAUCUCCGCCCUGGACGAGCCCCCGGAGCGCAGGGAGCAAGGUGAGACCGCCCCCCCGCCGGAGGAUCCCCCCCCCUUCCCCUCCCCCUCCCCCCCGCCCCCCCCGGAAGCCCCCCCCAGCCCGAGCCCCCCAGCCCCUCCCCCCCCUCGCUCCCCACCCCUCCCCCCAGCGCCGCCCCCGCCCCCCGCGGGGUCCCCGAGCCCCCCGGGGGGGGUCCCCGGAGCCGCCCCGAGCCCCCCGAGCGCGCCCCUGCACCUGGCGCAGAAGCAGGGCACGGCCGCCGUCUGCGGGGACACCAGCGACGAGGAGGAGAGCGGCGGGGAGGGCAUCUUCAGGGAGAGGGACGAGUUCGUGGUGCGCGUGGAGGACAUCCCCGCGCUCAAGCUGGCGCUGCAGACGGGCCGGGAGCCGCCGCCCAUCUGGAGGGUGCAGAAGGCGCUGCUGCAGAAAUUCACCCCCGAGAUCAAGGACGGGCAGCGCCAGUUCUGCGCCACCAGCAACUACCUGGGCUAUUUCGGGGAUGCCAAGCACAGGUACCAGCGGCUCUACGUCAAGUUCCUGGAGAACGUCAACAAGAAGGAUUACGUGAGGGUGUGCUCCAGGAAACCCUGGCACCGCCCCCUGGCGCUCAGGAGGACAGCCGCACCCCAAGCCCAGCGCCCCCAAACCCCCCUCCCCCCCCCCAAGCCCGACCCCGCGGACAAACCCCAAAAAGCGGAGAAAGCCAAAGCGAAGCCCCCCAAGGUGAAGGCGGAGCCCCCCCCCAAAAAGAGGAAAAAGUGGCUCAAGGAGGCGGCGACGACGUCGGAGUCGGAGUCCAGCGGGGACCCCCCGAGCGAGGAGGGCGGGCCCCCGCCGGGGCGGGUGCUGAACACGCGGGCCAUGAAGGAAAUGUACCGGAGCUACGUGGAGAUGCUGGUCAGCACCGCCCUGGACCCUGACAUGAUCCAGGCCCCUGGAGGGACACCAACGAUGAGCUGUACCUGCCCCCCCAUGCGGAAAAUCGACGGCAUCCUCAACGACCACAAGAAGAAGGUGCUCAAGAGGGUGACGCUGAACCCCAGCCUGCAGG